AUGCACAAAUCUAAGUUUUAGAACAUAUAAUGUAUAGAGUUUCUUGUUGAAUUAUGAAGAGAUUCUUGCAUAGUUGAAUUCAAUUUACAUAGUGUAUAAUACUGACCUUAGAUUGACACCUGUACUCUGAGAAGCCUGAUAACUAUGGCUAUUAAAUAUUAAAUCCUACUCAUGUGAUUAAUUAAAGCUAGUCUGGGCAUGUAGUUAUCAAGCUUCUCAGAGUAUGGGUGCAGAUCUAGGAUCAGUUUUUCUAUCUAGCAAAGAAUAAGGAUAUAAUAUAGACUGGGGAAAUUUGAUCAUAGAUCUUCACCAUAGUGCAAGAAGCUGGACAGCUGGCCCAAAUAUCACACCAUUAUGAAGGUCCUUUCAGUUCGAGAUGUACACACUUUAUUAGGUACAUCUGCGUGUUAACGCAAAUAGCCUGCUCCUUCAAACAGCGAAUCAUGUGGCUGCCUGCAACUCAAUCUAUAGAGUAGAGAGCUUUAGUUGUUGUUCGACCAAACAGAACGGGCAAGAUGCAUAAUCCAAGAAACUUUGACCUUGGUAUGAUUGUUGAUGCCACACAUGGUGGUUCCAGCAUCUCAGAAACAGCUGCCCUCCUGGGAUUGUUAUGCACUACCGUCUCUAGAGUUUACAGAGAAUGGUGCGAUAAACAAAACACAUUCAGUGAGCGGCAGUUCUGGGGGCAAAAACGCAUUGUUAAUGAGAGAGGUCAGAGGAGAAUGUCCAGACUCAUUUUAUUCUACAGAAAUGUGGUGGGUACUCUCUUCGUUCCCUGGACUUUAUCCUGCUAACUAUUCCAAAUGUCCGAACUGAAUGUGGUAAAAGGGCUUUUAUGUACUCUGCGCCAUCGUCUUUGAAUGCCUUACAAAAUACUUUUAAACUGGAAGAACUUGUCCCAAUUGGGAUUUUUAAAUCACCGAUGAAUGAUCUUGAGACUGAUUCCCUGACAUGUCAAUGUUUUUGAUUUUGUUAUACUCUUGUGAAUUCUUUGGUUUUUACUAGAUUACUUGUAGUUUUUCAUGUUUGUCUGUAAUUUUUGUAAUGACUUGGUGCUGACGCGCUUGAAAAAUAGAUUUUAAAUCUCAAUGAGCCCUUCCUGGUUAAAUAAAGGUAAACUUUUUAUUUUAUUUUUUAAAUUAAGCUAACAGAAAGGCCACAAAUGCUCAAAUAACAGCUGUUUAAAACAGUGGUGUGCAGAAGGGCAUCUCUUAAUGUACAACCCUGUGAAUAAUUCAGGAUGUUGUGGAGGCAGAAGGGGGUUCUACCCAAUACCAGAUAGGUGUACCUAAUGAUAAAAAUCAGGUUUGCAAGUUAUGUAUAUUUUUUGUUUGUCAUUAUCUCACAGGUAAUCAAGAAAGUUCACAAGUUCAUUUUGACUUUGUUUCCAAAGUUGAGAGACGAGGGCGGGUUCGAGCUGCUGAAAAUUUCUGGAACUACACAGAGCCAUCAUCUUAUACCUGUCCCAUGCGCCAAUCGGGGCUACAGUUUGAGAUAUCUGAAAGACCCUUGUGUCGUGCUACUCUACAUUCGCCCGCUGUAAAGGAAUUUGCGUAUGGAGCAUGUAAGUCUAAUUUCUCAGUUUAUGCACUUUUAAUGAACUUUAGAGCACUUACUAAUCCAAAGUAGAUAUGUUGAGUGUUAAGCAAUAUUUACAACGGAUGAUAACAAAAAUAACAAAAAUCUAUAGAUGAUAAGUGUCUUCUCUGUUUUUUGUAUUUAUUUAUGUAAUUUUCUCAUCAAUUAGGAACUGAAUGAUUCAGUUGUUGCUCAAAGUGGAUCAUUGACACAAUGCCUAAACUGUGAAGAACAACUUUACUUUGCACAAAUAAGAAGGCACAGUGACGCCUGCUCAUGGUAAUGGGAAAUGAAUCAUGGUGAUGUUGAGAAAAUAUGAUAUUCUCCAUUUAUGGAAGGUGCACUCAUCAUUACAAAUUAUGGUAUGGCCAUGUUGCACAUCAAUAAAAGAACACUAAGUAGUUUGAUCAUUUGUUAGUUUAGAUGUGGAAUAGGUACAAUUUAAUUGAGCUGUUAUGGGUGUUAACUUCUUGGUUCAUUGUUGCUGUACAUUUCUUUAUGAUAAAGAUGAUAAUUACAACACUUCACUAUCAGCUGUUGUAGAGGGGUCUUAUGAAAAUGUUCUGUUAGGUAACUGUUAGUAUCUGAUAUACUUAACUCCUCGGCUCAACUCUUCAAGUCAAUCACAGGUUGAAAGGGCGGGAGAGAAUGAAAGGGAGGAUGAAGGUGCAGCUGUCCCUCGAGCCGGUGGGACAAGUUCCUCUACCGGUCAGCAUCCAGUUGUAGAUUUGGCAAUGGAGGUGUGUCUGGAGACAGGUUCAGAUGAGGGUUUAUAUUCUGAAGGUUUACAGGUAAGUUUUAAGGAAUUGGUAAUUUAGCACGUCUUAGGGCUAGUUAUUAAUGUUAAUGUACAAUGUUCAGGUGUAGUACUUUCUAUAUGAUACAUUUAGUUGUAUUCAAUCGUCUUUCUUUACAAACACUUACAUUCAAUGCACUAACACUCACCUCGUGAAAAUGGUGUGGACAUAAUGAUGCAUACUGAUUUAUUUAAUAUUUUUAAGAACAACAGCAAGUUCAUCUGGCACUUCAGCAGCAAGUGGUCCAGUAUACACCGUUGAUGCUGUCCUUCUUCCCUCUCCUCGGCUGCUAAGUGUAUGACUGUGAGUGUGUUGGCUCGGCUCUCCCUCACGCAUCUUUGGUUCAUUGGUUGACACUUUGUGUCUGAUUGACAGGAACAACAGAUUCGGCUCAUCUGAUAUGCGAGCCAGCUCCCAAUGUUCACCUACAAGAGCCGGUUCUUAAAGCCAACCAGCCACGUCUUGCUUCCGGACAAGCUAAACACCUUCUUUGCCCGCUUUGAGGAUAACACAGUGCUACCGACACGGCCCGCUACCAAGAACUGUGGACUCUCCUUCUCCAUGGCCGAAUAAAAUGCCACUGUGUGAAAGGGACGUGUGCUAUAUACAAUGGAUUGUCUACGUCCCCACGUUCGUGGUGGGUUUACCCCUCAACCUGGCCACCCUGUGGCUCCUCCUCUUCAGGAUCCGUCGAUGGACUGAGUCCACAGUCUACCUCAGCAGUCUGAUCAUCAACGACAGCCUUCUCAUCUUCUCUCUGCCCUUCAAGAUGUACGCCUUCGGCCGCACCUGGGGCCUGAGCAUGGGCUUCUGCACCUUCCUGGAGAGCCUGGUGUUCGUCAAUAUCUAUGGGAGCAUCAUACUGAUCGUGUGCAUCUCGGGCGACCGAUAUGUUUCUCUGCGGUUUCCAUUCAACGGCAAGCGUCUACGCUCGCCACGGAAGGCUGCCCUGGUAUGCCUGGCUGUGUGGGUGACGGUAUUCGCUUUCACCACACCCGUCUAUGAGCUCCACAACAAAAACACCACUAGCCUUCACAACAAUAACGAAACCAGGUGUUUCGAGGGAUUCUCCAGGGAAACCUGGGGGAAGAAAUGGAUCAUUGUCGCCAUGGAGAUGGUAUUCACAAUCAGCACUGUCACUAUGUUGUUCUUCUCGGUGCGCGUGAUGCAGAUCCUGAGUGACAUGCGGCGUCGGAACCCGCUGGACAAGAAGGUGAGGGACAACAAGUCUGUGAAGAUCAUCCUGAGCAACCUGGUGGCCUUUAUGCUGUGCUUCAUCCCGUACCAUGUGGCCGCAGUCGUCUACUUCCUGGCCAAGAACAGCACAGAGAACCCAGACGUCAUCGACCCCCUCAGAGACUUCGUUCACAUCAGCACCUGUCUGGGCAGUGUCAACUGUCUGACGGACGGGGUCUGCUACUACUUCAUCCUGAAGGAGAACCUGUUGACUGCCAGCCAGGAGAGAAGGAGGAUGUCCACUAGAGGGAACAACGUGGCAAAGCCCGGGGAAAUCAACCAGCAUCCGAUGGACAACAUCAUGGUCAAGGGACCCAGAGAGACAGGAUCAGACAACCAGGUCACUGGAGAUCGAUAGGACUUGCUAGAUAGAUGUGGUUUAUCAGAGUGGAGUGGAGAGCAGGGUGGAGGCGAUUUCCCUAUAGAUGGAUGGCUAUUACGUCUAUCUGGGAAACGGAAACUCAGAUCACCACAACAGAGAGGAGACAAGUCUCAUGAAAGACUCUCGAAGAAUGAAUGACUGGUGUUAGGUUCUAAUUCUCAAGAGUAAAAAAUUCAAAGGACAUUUAUGAAAGCUUAACCAAGUUUAUUCUGCCCAGAGGGUCAAUACAGCUGCAUUCAGAUAAAAACAUUUUCACACAAGCACUGAUAUUUAACUGCUCCUCAUAGGCUUAGUCUCCUCCUACCCAUCUGUACAAACAUCAUUCUUACUGCUAGGCAAGACACUAGUGAUACGGGCCAUAAACUUUUAUUUCUCCCUUAAGGUGACCUGACCUGACCUCAACGCCCCUCCAUCACUAAUCCACAACUCUUUCCCCCUAUCAAUGCCUGCCACAUGUAAUCACUUCUGAUGGGUGUCACCUUGGGGUCAUGAUAGUUGCUGCACCAAAUUAUUGAUGUAUUACAAUAAUUGAUUAUGCUUAUGUUGUAUGAAUAGAAAGGGAAGGGCUAUACUAUAAGUUGCUCCCCCACUACAUUUAUAGGGUCCUGGACCACAGAUGAGCAAUAUAUUCAUUAUAAGGUUUAAUACUGUUCCACAGUUCUUUUCUAGUCUCUCUAGUCUCCCUCUUAUAAGAAACGGUCUGAGCAGAUAUGUGAGCCAUUGCCAUCAAAACAGAGUGUCUGUGAGAAAGCACCUCAAGGCUAAAAGAGAUACAUAGACACAGACCCCUGCAGGGGAGUAAAUAGAUAGGAGGCAAGUUUGUAUAACUGUAUAUGCAUGGGCUGGGUCUCAUCAGUAGAAGGUGUUGAUGUAGGCAGUUACAUUACUAGGGGUUGACCUCAAGCAUAUUAAAGCAACUUUGACCUUUUAUAUUUUGCAGAACUUACUCUGAAACAUGCGUGCUGUGUUUCCGUUGUCAACGUCUGUCUGCAAUUGCAUUAAUAAAGGUUUGAUUGAUUUACUUAAAGAAGA